GUUCGUAAUUAUUUGUUAUUCAGUUGUUGCAACAUGAAUCUAAGACAAUAUACCAUUGGUCUGAUUAUCUUAUGUUCGGUAUUAUGUGGAAGUUCUUCCAAACAUAAGAGUCAAAAUCGUCAUCGUCCUAAAAUGGAAGGCCAGUUUUUUGGAUCAAUUGCUGAAGACACUUAUGUGGUUGAGAUUCAUCCACCUCUUGUUGCAAUUGACAAAGAUGCUCCAAGAGUUCCAGGUCUUAUUUGUGAAUAUCGUUUACACAACUUGCCUGAGAACAAUGGAGAAGAAAUUCCAUUCAUGGUUAAUGUGGUUGACCGGCGUACUGGGGAUGGUGAAAUUGUUUUGAAACCAAACUGGAAUUUCCUUGAUUGCGAAAAUCGAACUGAAUAUUCAUAUUUGAUAUCGGCGCAUGAUUGUGGUGUUGGUCAGACUAGUGAAGGGAAUUACAAAUCUCAACGUAGCUCAACCAAAUCUAAGAUUGUCAUUGCUGUGAAAGAUGUUAAUGAAUAUGAACCACAAUUUUCAACAAGCAACUAUUCUCUUGUGACUGAGGGUGAUAUUCCUGGUGGUCAACCCUUAAUUAAUGUGGAAGCAUUAGACAAGGACUGUUCUCCUAAGUUUAGUGAUAUUUGUCACUAUGAGUUAAUUGGUGAACAUGCAAAUUUAUUCUCUAUUUUCCAAAAACGGAGUCUUACACACACAGCAAGUAAUUGGUGCUACAAGUUCUCCAAAAUUAAUAGAAGUAUCUGUGGUUGCGUAUGAUUGUGGAGGUAGAAAGUCUGUUGUUCCAUCAACAAUAUCUAUUUUAAUCAAUCCAGUGUGUGAAGCACAAUGGACUGGUUUUGAAAAACGUGUUGAAGUGUCGCCCAAUGUAGCGGGUGUGGUUCCACUUAUUAUCAAUCCAACCCUUACAACAUGUUUGCCACAAUCUAAUGUGAUUUCCAUUGAAGUAACUGUUAGUAUGGACAUUAAUGACGUUGAAAAGAUAACCGGAUGUGACAGAAAUACUUACCUCUUACAUGAGGAGAGCAAUCUAUGUGAUGAAUCGGACAGAAAACUGAUUGAACUUUUGCCAAGCACAACUGUGUCUGGAGAAGAUAUGAUUCAGCCUAACAUUAACAAUAGAGUUCAACCUGUUAUAAAGAAAGUUGAAAACAACUCGGAGAGGAUUUAUGAAUUCGACGGAAGCACACAGGCGGUUUUAGUGACAAAUAAUCAACUACUCGAGUCUCUAAACAACCUUAAUCUUUCCUCAACUUUCUCCAUUUCAUUUAAAAUGUUCCUCGAUCCCACAAGUAACAUGACAGGAAAUAGAAAGGCAACUGUCUUGUGCAAAUCCGAUAGUGCAGGUUUAAGUAGGCAUCACUUCUCGGUGUACGUAGAACAUUGUCGGGUUAUGGUGUUGCUGAGACAAGAAGAAGGUUCACAUGGUGUGCUGAAACCAGCAGAAUGGCAUUGGAAGCUUACUAAUAAAAACGGCUGUAAAGGGAUUUGGUAUGACAUUCUUAUCAACGUCGACUUUCCUAAUGUUACAUUGAUUGCGAACGGUGAACAACUCAUUCCAUACUUAAUAGCAGACGACUAUCCACUUCAUUCAACACCCCACCCACCACAAUGGGUUAUUGGAGCUGCAUAUGAAGGUCGCACAUCAAGUGUUACUCAGUUCUUUCAUGGAAAAUUAUCAAAUAUCAUGAUUUAUGUUGGGAAGAUGGAAAACACACAAGUGUUCAUGUGUGCAAACAGGUGCAAGGAAGGAAUUAAAUCCAAUGAUAAAGGACAGCGUGAAUUUGAAAGAGGAUCCACGUUCACUGUAGCUGCUAAUACAGAGGAUGACAUCAUCAGCAAGAUCAAAUCUCUGGUGUAUUUUAAUGAGGAACAAUUUCCAAAGCCAGGGGAACGAAAGAUGAAUAUUGAAACUAGUUUGAGCUGUUCCGACAACACAUCGAUGUGUCCCACCAUCCCAACCUUCCAAAUGUACGUUAUGGUUCUUCCCAUGGAAGACCCGGUGAUAACCAUAACUGGUUAUGGAAGUAUCGCCAGAGCAGGAUCCGAUCUUUUAAAAACGUCAACCGGUGUACUUUUGUUUAAGGAGAUUACAGUGAUGACGAAAGUGUCUAACAACCCACAAACCACAGACAUGCCAAUAGAGCAAAACCUCGAUCGUUGUGAAAUAAAGCAAACCCGUAAAGACGAAGGAUUUGGGAAGUUUAAAGUUCGUGCCCGUCAUUUGAUGAGGAAAAGAAAAAUGUAUUUGGAGAAGCUAAGUGACGGAAUUGCCAUACAAGGUGCGCAAAGCCUGGCCAUUUACGAGCAAGUUCUGCGUAGCAUUAUCUACAGGAACGAACGCGCGCUUUUCUGCAAAGAAAUAACGUUCACCCUCGCUUGUUCUGGACUUGGAGGCCGUUUCCAUAGCAACGUUUACCACCUGACACUAACAGUCUUACAUACAAAUGUUCGAUUAACACCAUACCACGAACCGACAUCAAGCACCAACACAGUGUUGCUCAAACAAGAUAUGCCGAUUUUACCGGCAGCACUUGUGGCUACAGAUACAAAAGAUGUGGGAACAUUGGAAAGUGAAGACAGUGACGCAGGUAAAACUUCCGUAACAACUCUUGUGCUCGCAAUCGGCGGUUGUCUUGUCUUGGUUGGCCUGUUGAUUGUCCCAGCCAUGCUGCACACUCAGUUAAGUGGAAGCAAACCUAUUGAUGCGGACAAUGAUCAUGAAGUUGCGUCGUUGGACGAGAUAGGGAAAGAAAUAAACGAUGGGGAUUUAGAUUGGGAUGACUCGGCCAUGACUAUAACUGUCAACCCUCUAGAGGAUGAAAAUAAUCAACAACUCAGUGAAGAUGAUUUCUCAGAGUUGGAGGAAGAUGUCGUGAUGGUUGGCAUAGCAACCUCGAAAAAAGAAAAUCCUCAACGACGAAAUGCGGAAGAUUUUUAUGAAUGGGAUAACUAAGUAUUAUUUUAUUUAUGGAUCGUGAAUGGUGUAUGUAUAUUACCAAAUGCUCUUCUGUCUCGAUGUAAAUCGCAAUGCUUUAUUAUCACUUUGCACGUUUCUUUUGAUCGCCACUAGUUUGUUACAGUAUAUAUAGUGACACAUAGUCAAACCUUCAAUGAAUAUUUCAUUCCCCUAUCAUAUAUCAGUUAAGAAAAUCACUCAAGACAUCCCGAUGGUCCCAUGUUAUUGCGUAGUAUUUUUGUUGUUAAGUAUAUUUUAUAUUGAAUCGAUUUUCGUCUAUUUUUGAAUUACAGCAGGUUGUCGAAACCGCCAUUGCCAGGUAUUGACACUGACCACGAUGCAGUAUUUCACUUUGUUUUUGCCACACACACACCCAUCGCAGUGUUAAAAUUCUGUUGUGUUGCUUACAUCUGUAGUAGAAUCGUUUACACAAAAAUAAUAAACAUUGUUUGUGACGACA